AUGCAUCCUGCUACUAAACCUGAAGAUUCAAGUCAUCGAGUCCCAAUCGGCAUAAAUAUUUUGACAGGUGGUUUAGCAGGAUGUGUUGCAAAGACAGCAAUUGCUCCACUCGACAGAGCCAAGAUAAAUUUUCAGUCUACUCGAAUGCCGUUUAAUGUUCGGAGUCUUAUUCAGUUUCUCAAAAACACUUACCAAGAACAAGGUUUCAUGUGCUUAUGGCGUGGUCACACUGCAACUCUUGCCAGAAUUUUUCCUUAUUCUGCUAUUCAGUACUCUGCUCAUGAUCAUUACAAACAUUUACUUGGGAUUGGUUCAACUAGCCAUUCAGAUAUUUCGUAUAUACGUUUACGACGAUUUCUUGCUGGUGUUGGAGCUGGGACAACAUCGGUUACCUGUACAUACCCACUUGAUGUUGCUAGAGCACGUAUGGCAGUUACAACUGCUUCCAAAUAUUCUAGUCUUUUUCAUGCUAUACGAGCUCUUUAUACAGAAGAAGGAUUAAGUGCAUUGUAUCGUGGUUUUUCCCCUGCUCUCCUCGGUAUUAUCCCAUAUGCUGGGACAGCUUUCUUUACGUUUGAAACACUGAAAGAAACUUGUUUAGACAGAAACAAAGAUCCGAUCACUGGUAAACGGCCUAAAAAACUGUAUCCAUUUGAAAAUUUAUGUUGUGGUGCAGUGGCUGGAAUUUUAGGACAAACUGCUUCUUAUCCACUAGAUAUUGUUAGACGAAGAAUGCAAACUGCUAAUAUUACAGGUCAUCCAGAAUACAUAGAAAGUGUAUAUAAAACAUUACGAUAUGUAUAUAAAGAUGAAGGUUUUAUUCAUGGAUUAUAUAAAGGUUUAUCAGUGAAUUGGAUUAAAGGGCCAGUAGCUUCAGGUAUUAGUUUCACUGUUUAUCAUCAAUUUCAACAUUUACUUCAUCAAUGGAUAAUAAUUGAUGAAUAAUUUUUCUUCUUUUCAUCAUUGAUAAUUAUUAUUUUCUUUCGUUACCAUCUAUUUAUUAAAC